UAAAAGUGAAACAAAAAUAGCCGCGUGAGGGGACGAUAAUGGGACGGUAUGGUGCAUGUAGGACGAUAUUCCACGAAUCGUUGGAGAAAUUCACACUUCAACUCGCUCUUUUCGCUUUCCGUCUCCGCUUGCGCAAGAACAGAAGCGGAAAGUCUGUCGUUUUUUCGUCUCUCGCGCUCGUGGGCGGGAGGAGGAAACGUGGGAAACCCGCUAGUUCCUCCCUAUAGACAGGACUUUAAAACCUCCCUCCUCAUGAUGUCUACCUUCAGAUAGACGCAAACUCUCGUGGAUAUAAUCACCUCGCGCUGCUGCUGGAUAACAACACCGCUUCUGGAUAUGUCCGCGUCCGCAGAUGUCGAGAGUCAGUCCGCUGCGCGUCCCCGCGGCAGAUGUCUGGACACCUUUCUCAUCACGUCCGUGGUCGCGCUCUUCGUCAUGUUCCUCGCUGGACUCGGUGGCGCGCUGCUGUUCGCAAAACACCUCGAGAGCCAAAUGAACGCGCGCAGGACACCGAAGAGCUCCGGCCAAGUCGGGGACAUACUCUCCGAAAACUCCUAUAAGGGACAGAACUUUGCAUACCUGAGAGCCACUGACAGUAAACUGAAGAACGGCACUAUGACGUGGGAGCCUAUCGAAUAUGGAGAUAGUCAAUCCGUGGGCGCUCUGUACGACUAUAACAAUCAACAGAGUGUUCUGAAAGUGGCCGCCAGCGGAAGUUACUUCCUCUACGUCCAGCUGAACUUUUCCUGCAUGCACAAGUGUCCAGAGGAUCGCUUCACUGUCAAGUUUAAGGAUCAAAAUGCUAACACACGACUGACCUGCUCGGUGACCCUGCCAAACGGAACGCAACCGGUCAGCCAUACGUGUUGGAGUGUGCUCACCCUUUCAGAAAAGGAUAGUCGCCUGCUGGCCGGAUCAGAGUUCACAGAGUUUUUUGAAACGUCAGUCAACUGGAAACUGGAGCUGAACGAUUCCGGAUUCGGGAUGUUUCGGGUUGACGGAUAAAAGCCAGAUGAAAGGUCACUGCGGAUGAGCGUGAGGAACUGAGCUGACUUUAGAGUUACCGUGCCCUCUCGACCUUCAUCCACACUCAUGCUAUCUCAAGACUCUAUUUUAAUGCUCUGUCAAGCAGGUCUAUCAAAGUUGGCGCUCGCAAAGCUGUGAGGAACAGAACAUUUGGAUCGGAUUGGCCGUCCACUGUAUGUUUAUUGAAUGCAUAUUUGGACUCACCGGAUGACAACUACCAAUAGGACUGAAGACAUGAAAUAUGCGAUUAUUAUUAUUACGCAACAUUUUAUGACCAAUUCCACAUGUAAACAUGGGCCAAGUUUGCACAUUCUGCGUUGACCUGCUGACAACCAACCAAAUGGAUAAGCCAUGAUUCAUAAGCACUAUUUAUAACUGAAAUAUAUUUAUAUGUGUUUUACAUAAUUGUAAUAUUUAUGCUCUGUUUUGUUUCUACUGUAUAUAUGGCUCAUAAAUGUGUUUAUGUUUACGUUGUACAUGUUAAAUAUUGUAGAUAUCACUACAUGUAACCCUGAUACCACACAUACAUCUGGGAGACGUCUGCAAGACGUGGUUUUGUAUUGUUUGCUCAUCUGCACUACGUCUCGGAGACGCCUGCUGUCAGACGUCAUAUAGGCUUCUAGAAGACAUCUGUAAGAUGUUUAUGAUGAAGAAUGUAGGUACAACUGCGUUUUCUAACACGUUCAGCAGAUGUUCCACAUAGCGACGUCUCACAGGUGUACCUAUGCUAUGUGUGAAGCGGUAUGUUUAAGGUCAAACGUGACAAUGAUGAUCGAUUGACUAAUUCUCCUGUUCACAGACGACUGCGUCACUGUAUGUCGAUGUUUAUUACACACAACACUUAGAAGCCAUGUGUGUUUUGUUCAGUCUGUGAUGUGACACACACUUUGUGUUCUGCUGUUUGUUGUGAAGUGAAUGCUUUCAAACUCAGGAACUCUACAGAUGAAUGUAUCAAUGAUGACAGCACUGAAAUGCUUUAUUUAAUAUUUAAUAAAAUGCAAAAUAUUUGUCAAUGUA